AUGGCGCCGACGCAGCCCAGUCCGGAAAGUAGCACGCGUGAGCAGAUCAUUGUUGAGGCGUGGGCUCAAGGCCUCAAUGUCGGUGCCAUUGUGAUCCUCAUCCUGCUGGUUUUGUGCAAUUAUCGCCACAAGGCUCUGCUGCAUAAACUGAUUCUCAGCGAACUACUACUUGCUCUUGGACAUGGGUUCUUUGCAUUCUUUCAAGAACCCGAGUUUGGCUGGGUCCUCAGCAGCACAGCAGCUCUGCUGUACAUCUCUUACUUUGUACACAAUGUCAUCGCCUGGCUCAAGAUUAGACCAUUCCUCCCAAAAUGGGGUUCGCGAGUCUUCAUAAUCUCUCUCCUCGCCGUACAACCAUUCUGGGUCCUCGAAACAUGGGCCAACUUCCAAUACCACAACAACCUCGGAAGCAGACUGUUGGAUACGUCAAGGCUAUUUGAGCCACUGGCAAGAGAUCCCUGGUGGGUAUUCACCACUAUAAAGCUCGUCUUGGCCAUCAACGACAACUACGAAUUUACGAUACCAAAGCUCGUUCGGAUAAGCCCGCGGUUCGGCGUCAUGCUUCUUUGUCUUUUUGUUUCCAUCGUAUUUGUUGUUGUGGAUGUUGUCUUUAUGAUUCUGGUUUCGAAAAGAGGCGGUUUAAACCCAUUUUGGCGGCUCGCCCUUGUGUUCAAGUGUGCAUCCGAUGUCAUAUUCCUAGACGACUUCAAGAGCGUUCUGGAUCGUAUCUCAGAGUCCGCUAUGAGGAAGAUUGCCACCUUCAGCUAUCGAGAUGAUGACAAUUCACAACCUACGAAUCCGAACCGGUCAACGCCUGGCUUUUCUGGUUUCGAGUUCCGCCGUAAGAGCUCAAGGCCAGCAGCAUACGGAAAUGAGAACGGAUGUUUUCAAGGACGCGGAGGAUCUUGUGCAAGCGCUGAUGAUGGCCAUUACGAGUAUGCAACCAGCUACGACCAUUUUCUCACAGAGGAUGGUAGCCCUAGUGGCUAUAGGGGACAGAGAAAGGCUUCAGAACAAGGAGACACAUAUCCACGAGAUAUUGGACUCGGGGAACGAGAAGACGGCAUUCCCAUGGAGCCGCUUGGCCCCUUUACAGUGAGAGUGAGCUGGCAUCGCCUCAUCAAGGGACCGUGCAAGCCUACCGAGGUGGAGGCCAUGCAGUACGUCGCCUCGCACACAACGAUUCCAGUGCCCAGGAUCUACGCUGUCCAUACCGAAACCAACGGUCGCAUUUACAUUGAGAUGAAGUACGCCCAGGGAGACACCCUAGACAGUGCUUGGCGUCGCAUGCCGGUGGACGAGAAGGAUACCGUUUUUGCCGACAUCAGGCAGCAUGUGUCUUCCCUCCGUGAGCUUCAACCUCCGACCCGAGAUAUAGUCUCCUCGGCUCUUCAGAAUCCCGCAUUUGACUGCCGCAUAGGAGCUUGCUACUAUGGCCCCCUGAACCAGGAUGAGUUCCACUCAUUGGCCCGAGGGCAUCUGCGCAUGGAAGACGUCGCGCCUUUCCUUGGCCCAGAAGUGGCUAAAGUGCACACAUCCCACUACAAAACUCACUUUACCCAUGCAGACCUGGCACCGAGGAACAUUAUCGUACGGCGUGGGCGCGUCGUCGCUAUCGUUGAUUGGGAGUUUGCGGGAUGGUAUCCGGAGUACUGGGAAUUCACCAAGGCAAACUUUAACUACUUUCCCGGCGAGGGCUGGGAGGAUUGUCUUCGUGUUGCUCUUCCCUGCUAUGAGACUGAGCUUAUUGCCGAAGAGACUCUCUGGACAAGGCUGCCGGAGCCCGGUACAAAGACGACUUCAUAUCGUAACGGAGUUAGCGUUGAACACCAGGGCUCAAGCCCUUCAACAGCUUGGUUGGAUGCCAGAGCAGGCCGUCAGCUGUCAUAUCUAUGGUCUUUGGCCCUUUCUUGA